GGCGGGGCGGCCGAGGAGGCGGCGGCACGGGCUGGACCCACGCGGCGCGCGGCCCGCCCGGCCUGCAGCGCUCCCACCCCGGCGGCGGCGGCACGAUGCCCUUUGACUUCAGGAGGUUUGACAUCUACAGGAAGGUGCCCAAGGACCUUACGCAGCCCACCUACACCGGGGCCAUCAUCUCCAUCUGCUGCUGCCUCUUCAUCCUCUUCCUCUUCCUCUCGGAACUCACCGGCUUCAUCACGACAGAGAUUGUGAACGAGCUGUACGUCGAUGACCCGGACAAGGACAGCGGGGGCAAGAUCGACGUCAGUCUGAACAUCAGCUUGCCCAAUCUGCACUGCGAGCUGGUCGGGCUGGACAUCCAGGACGAGAUGGGCAGGCACGAGGUGGGCCACAUCGACAACUCCAUGAAGAUCCCGCUCAGCAACGGGGCCGGCUGCCGCUUCGAGGGGCAGUUCAGCAUCAACAAGGUACCUGGCAACUUCCAUGUGUCCACACACAGUGCCACAGCCCAGCCACAGAACCCCGACAUGACGCACAUCAUCCACAAGCUCUCCUUUGGGGACACACUACAGGUGCAGAAUGUCCACGGAGCUUUCAAUGCCCUCGGGGGAGCGGACAGACUCAGCUCCAACCCCCUGGCCUCCCACGACUACAUCCUGAAGAUCGUGCCCACGGUUUACGAGGACAAGAGCGGCAAGCAGCGCUACUCCUACCAGUACACGGUGGCCAACAAGGAGUACGUCGCCUACAGCCACACGGGCCGCAUCAUCCCCGCCAUCUGGUUCCGCUAUGACCUCAGCCCCAUCACAGUCAAGUACACGGAGAGACGGCAGCCGCUGUACAGGUUCAUCACCACGAUCUGUGCCAUCAUCGGCGGGACCUUCACUGUGGCCGGCAUUCUGGACUCCUGCAUCUUCACGGCCUCGGAGGCCUGGAAGAAGAUCCAGCUGGGCAAGAUGCAUUGACACCACCAGCCGACAGCCGGGGAGCCCGGGGCUGCCAGCCCUGCCUCCGUCGCCCUGGCUCCUGCGGCUCUCCCCACCCCGGGUCUGGCUGCACCCCAGGGUGCAUGCGCGUGCGGGGUCUGGGGGGAGGCGGGCGAGGCUCGGGUCCCGCAGCUACCUCUCUUCCCCGUGUCUAACUUCAGAUAAAUCACACUGCCUACCGUUGUGGCGUUCCUUCCCGGGGAGCCCCAAGACCAGAGUCAGGCAAGGGGGGCGCUCCCAAGAUGCUGGGAUCCCCUCCUGGGAGGGCUGCGGUCCCUUGCCUCUUAGGGAACAGUCCAGCAUCCCCGCUGGCCAGUGCCAUCCAGGCUUUGACAAUCCCGCAGCCCCCGCCAUCCUGGGCUCUCAGCUUUGGGACCAGCCUGCCCAGAAGUCCUCCCGCUGCACCGUCAACCCGGAAUGACCCUUCCCAGGCAAGCCGCUGAGAUGGCGCUGUAGCCGAGGCUCCCACUCCUGCCCUCCCUCCCUGCCCCCAGCCCAGGCCUCGGGUCCUCACCCCACCCGUCCUGUUCUUCCAAGAAGCAGUGGUAGGUCUCAGCUCUGCCCACUGGUCACCAGGCAGGUUGCAGACUCCCUUCCCCUCUGUCUUAGUCCCUCUGAACCUCCCACCGCUGUGCCUCGGCCUCUGUGCUGUGUGGCAAGGGCAUUUGUUGGUGGAGGGGCUGGUUCCCCCUGCCAGGCGUCCCCACGGCUCAGUAGUGGGGGGUCUUGUGACUGGAAGUUGCCCUUGGAGAGCUGAUAACAUGGUUCGUGCACUUACGUCCAGAUGGAAGCAUCCCUCCCUGUCACCCUCAAACGAGGACACCUUGGCCUCUGCCAGACAGCCGCCUCUGGUCCAGAGGCCUUAGCUGGGGGGAGCAGAGCAAAGCAGCCCUUCUCUGCCCUUUAGGCCUCCACUUCUGGGGCUCCCCAGAGUUCGAGUACUUGGACCUCUUCGGCCCAGUCCUGGCCUGCUGACCAUCGGCUGCCCACAUCCCACCAUGUUCCUAGCCCUGGGGUUGCCCAGUUCCCUCACUUGCUCCUGGGGUGAUUCCUACCCUGUGCUCCCCCAUCCUUCCCUUUGGGUCCUGAAAGGGAAGGUCAGUGGUCCAGACAUGAGUUCCACCCAGGGAAUUCCAGCUCUGCCCUCGUGUGGAGAGCCCUGCCUGUUUUCCGUGUGUAUGGAGAUUGUUCGCAUACUUUUGUAAUGAAGGGGGAGUUUCCAGUAGAAGGAUUUUUAAAAUUAUCUAUAUGGAUAGCUCAAGUCUCUGCCAUUUGUAAUUUUUGGCUCCAAAUUCCAAUGAGCAAAGUUUCCCCUUUUGCAUAUGAGUUGACUGAUGUGCGUGCAAAGCUGCUCUUGGUUAUUUCUGUUGUCCGCGGCCACUUGGGUGGAUUUUUUUUUUUUAACAUUCCAUUCCCAGUUACGGAAAGGAAAGGAAUCCCUUUGGUGUGUGAAUCCGUGUGCCCCACAGAGGACUAGGGCGGCGGGUGGGAGAGGCGGGGCAUGCUCCUGAGUUGAAAUCCCACUUUUAUGCAUUUUUUAAAAAAACGCUGAGGACCCAGGGGAUGUCAGUUCCUAUGGAAGGUCAGUGUCCUCUGACCUUUUAUUCUUAUAAACAAAAAUCUCAAGGGAAAAAAAAAUGUUUUCUUUCCCCAUUCAUAGGGUUCAAAUAGAUUAUUAAAAGGCUGAUUUUCGGAAGUA